AUGAGCGGAGUUGAAGAAUCUGUUGCACCCACAAUACUGAAUCUUGAAUGGACCAAUCAACAUGGUUGUGGUGAUGGAGAUCUCAACUGUAACAUUGUCUUGCAAUAUCAAUGUCGACCUUCAGGACAGAAAGAUCCAUAUCGAGAAAUUAGGAACGGUAAGAUAAUCAUUAAGUGAAAUGUAUAUGUUGUCGCCACCUGAUUCUUUUUGUAUAUAUAUAUAUAUAUAUAUAUAUAUAUAUAUAUAUAUAUAUAUAUAUAUAUAUAUAUAUAUAUAUAUAUAUAUAUAUAUAUAUAUCGGAUAUAUAUAUAUAUCGGAUAUGCCAAUUUGUAAAUAGUACAUUAAACAAUAUAUAACAAUCAACAAAUACAUCCACAGCUUAGGAUUUUGGGCAAUGCAAAAGGAUAUAUAAUUGUAUACUUUGAUUUUAGAUUUUAGUAUGCUAGUCUCUAAAUGUGCUCUAAUUAUCAAUUCCCACAGGUAAAGUGGAAACGCAGCCGAUUAUUUGAAAAAGGAAGAUAUUUAGAGACCUAAGUCAUAAAGAAAGGCAAAGGAAGUCCGCAUCUAAUCCUCAAAGAGUGUACAAUGAACAAUGGGAAUGGUUCGACAAAUGCAGGAAGCGAAAGAGAAAUUUAGGUAUGUACUUUUGAUGGACUGGAAAUUAAUUUGAAUUUCUGCAUUUUCACCCCUAAAAUUUUAACGGAAACUGCGCUUGGCUUAUGAGAGGGUUAGAACUUGCAUAUAUUUUCUAGAGCUUAUAGGCAAAGUUGUACAUAUUAAGUUAAUAUGGCAAAGUUUCCAAACGCUAUUCUGCCCUAUCUACCCAGGUUUGUUCACAGCAGAUCAAAAUGUUCAAGGAGUUACAAGCAGGCACACACGACAAAAUCGAAAUGGAAAACGUUAUGGUUACGAAUGUCCUGAGGAACGAGACUAUUACCCAUACUUUCACCCAACUGAUUGGAUUGACAUUGCAGUCUUGGCAAACGUUUCACAUUGUGAUUAUUACAAGAGGGAAAGUUUCAAUACCCAAGCCAAAGGUAAGGUAUUUCAGACAAUUAACUUGUAUGAGUUCCAUAAUAAAUCGAUUCUUCAAGUGGUUUGGCAUCACAACUUAAAAUGUUGUUAGUGUCUGUAUUCGUUGUUACCGUUGUGGAUUUUUUUCAAAAACCUCUCUGAUUGUGUGAUUUCUGCUAUUGUUUUCUACCUGUAGGAGAAUGUAUGGAACUGUACAACAAGAACGCGGACUACAAGGAAAACGUGAACACAUGGCGUCACGCAUCUGAAUACAAUAACAAAGAAGACUGCGAGAAAAAUAAAGGAAAAUGGGUCACGUUCCAUAACUACCUCGAAGAAACGGACCUUGAAAAAAGCCAAUGUACCCGGUUGCCAAACGGCCGACGUCUCAUAUGGGCCAUACCUUAUCGUUCGGAAAAUGUAGACCAAUUUAAAGGAAAUGAUACUGAGGGGUGGAAGCGAUGUCUGGUUUCACUGAGCCCACCAGACUGUCGUUCAGCGCCCCACUCACGUUCCAAUCACCUUGGCAACGGGGAGGGUGUGGUUACUUUAAGUCAUCCAUGGAAGCUUCCAUACUUUCCUUCCGGCAAAGAGCAGAAAUGUACGCUGAGAAUAAGGUAUAAUUUUAUGAAGUAUGUUAGCCAAGGCACUACGGAUAAGUUCUGCUGUGGUUUGCGGUUGAACAAACUAAAAAAUUUAGAAAUAGCACGAACGACAAUCUACAGAGUCUAGUGUGUCAGAGUGCUGCCCAUGGUUAGGACUAAAAAAUUAUGUAAUUUUUACUUGUAAUUUCUAUGUACUAAAAACUGAUGGAAUAAUCAUUCACGAGAAGAACACAAAUGCGAUAUCUGUGUCGUAAUUUUGUCUUAAUACCACGUCAAAUUAUCCAUUACGUGUCUUUGUGUUUUAGUGAGUGUCCAACAUUCACCUCAAAGGAUCAUCACAAACGUCGACUGCUAAUUAUUUUUGGGUGCAAUUUAUUUAGAUACAACAUCUCAACGAACGAUUAUGAUCCUAUGAAGACAUUCUCUGACUCGAACGGCGCCGAGUAAGUAUUUCACUCUUCAAUAGAGAGUUUCAGAUUUGACUUUCACUACCACUUCUUCUUACUGGCUUAGUACAAAUCUGAUUGCAUGUCAAACGCAUCUGAUUGGUCAAUCUGAUAUGUCAAACGCAUCUGAUUGGUUAAUUAAUCUGAUAUGUCGACGCAUCUGAUUGGUAUACCAAAAGUAAAAUUAACUUACUUUGUUCCGUCUUAUAAUGAACAAUAAUCUCUAAUUCCGAUAACUAAAUUCGCAAUUUAGCAACUCUCCGAUCACGAACGACCCCGAAGUAUUAUUUGGAAAACCAGACAACAACAAUGUCCCUCUUCAGUUGGCCAUCAACACCGCUCAGUUUGGUCGCACGUUCCAAGAUCGCUCGCACGUGUUCAAAAUAAUUCCGAGGGAGAAGCAUUUCGAGGAUAAAAGAAUUUGGAAUCUGAACGUACGAGGAAAGAGAGGAAAUAUAGUCCAGACUUUUCCUGCUGUAGAGUAUGAUUUCGCUCCAAAGAGGUUGACGAUAAAUUCAAAUGAUUACAUACACGUCCAGUGGGAGGGUUCUAAUACUAAUCCUGGAGGAUAUGCAGGCGAAGGUCGUGAUCGUAAGUAAAUACACAUUUUAUUCAUGAAUUUCAUGCAGUAUGUUAUACGGUCAAUGAAAAUGUUGACACUUUAAGACUUCUUGUUCUUGCCACCAAUGACAACUGCAUAUAAUGAAAUAGUAUAAGCAUAAUUGUUCUGAUUGUGAUAACUGUCAACUCGUUUAUACUAUUUACUGGACUGGACAUGGCGAGAAAUUGCAAACAUUAAAAAGGAGGCGGAGUUUGAUAAGUGUAAUAUUUUCUGCUUUCAUAAAUGUAAUGGUUUCUUGUUUUCUUAUCUGUUACUUCACUUACUUGUUUGGGGACGGAGGAUAAUUUAUUUGAUGGUUAAACUCCCAUUCAUAAGAAUAUUUGGCUUAUUACGGCAAACAGGGACACAUUCGCAACAUUUCAGUAUUUAUACGUUUUGCUCCAUUGAUAAAAAAUCUAUACCCACAUUUACUUGGCUUUAUUGCAAUUACACAAUCUCGUGCCAGAGUAAUCCAGCCUGUUAGCGGCUAGGCGUUUAGCCUGGAAACUAACAGGCAUUCGAGAAUAAAAAUGGAAGCAAAAAGAAAGCAUCACAAGUUUCUCCAGUUACUCUGGUUCCCUCCUGCUGCAGUAAAACUGCGAUACAAAGAACAAUCUAUCCAUCGUAAAUAUAACAUUAUUAUUUAUAUUUAUUUAGUUUAUGUAUUUAUUUGUAACAGUCUUGCUAUCUUCUUUCAUAAAAAAAUUCUUAUAGAAACUGACAGAAGCAAUAUGGUGGCCAUGGAAAAACCUGACAUAAGCUUCCCUCAAAAUUCCGGUCUUUUUGACCACGCCAAAGUUAUUCACGCUUUGGAUGGAAGACACAAUAUGACGUCAGCUGAUAUAGCAAUUGCUAUGGCUACGGCGGGUACGUAUAACGACGCAACCAAAUUUCCCGCUGAUCUCAAUGAAUUUGAGCAAUGCAAUCGAAAGCAGCUAGCGCAACUGGAUUGCUAUCCACCAUCCUACGCAGGCUUGUUGUUGCAAUUCAAGAAAGGUGUCUAUUAUUACAUGUGCUCUGGUAAUAAUAAUUUCACAAACCGGAAUCAGAAAGGCAGGCUCACCGUCAGUGACUGA